GUGUUCUCCCCAGUUUGAGGCCGCAGCGGCGGAGCCGGGCCAAGGGACCGGUGUCCCCCUCACCCCUCGAGGAACUCUGGAGUCCUAGGACCAUGGAUACUCUCAAUAGGAGCCAGGUAGGCCCUGGAUGCAAGACCCAGGUUGUGGUGCAGAAAGGACCCUUGGACCUGAUCGAGACAGGCAAAGGGCUGAAAGUGCAAACGGACAAACCGCAUCUGGUGAGCUUGGGCAGCGGGCGGCUCAGCACAGCCRUCACCCUUCUGCCACUGGAGGAAGGGAGAACAGUGAUUGGCUCCGCAGCCAGAGACAUCUCACUUCAGGGUCCAGGCUUGGCUCCAGAGCACUGCUACAUCGAGAACCUUCGGGGUACCMUCACCCUCUAUCCUUGUGGCAAUGCCUGCACUAUUGAUGGGCUCCCCAUCCGGCAGCCUACCCGACUCACUCAGGGCUGCAUGUUGUGCCUGGGUCAGUCCACCUUCCUCCGCUUUAACCACCCUGCUGAAGCCAAGUGGAUGAAGAGCAUGAUUCCAGCAGGGGGCCGGGCUCCUGGGCCCCCCUACAACCCUGGCUCUGCUGAAUCAGAAAGUCUGGUGAAUGGGAACCACACCCCACAGCCUGCAACCCGGGGACCCCCAGCUUGUGCCAGCCACAGUUCUUUAGUGAGCUCCAUUGAGAAGGACCUGCAGGAAAUCAUGGACUCACUGGUGCUAGAGGAACCUGGAGCUGCUGGCAAGAAGCCUGCUGCAACCUCCCCACUGUCACCAAUGGCUAAUGGUGGCCGUUACCUGCUGUCCCCUCCAACCAGCCCUGGGGCCAUGUCUGUKGGCUCUAGCUAUGAGAACACCUCUCCAGCCUUCUCACCACUCUCUUCACCAGCCAGCAGUGGGAGCUGUGCCAGCCAUUCACCCAGUGGGCAGGAGCCAGGACUGUCUUCUGUCCCCCCACUGGUGCCUGCUCGCUCAUCCAGCUACCAUUUGGCCCUGCAGCCCCCACAGUCCCGCCCAAGUGGUGCCCGCUCCUCUGAGAGUCCCCGGCUGGGUAGAAAAGGAGGUCAUGAGAGGCCUCCCAGCCCUGGCCUCCGUGGGCUAUUGACUGAUAGCCCUUCAGCCACGGUCUUGGCAGAAGCCCGCAAAGCCACUGAGAGCCCCCGACUGGGAGGGCAGCUGCCUGUGGUAGCUAUCAGCCUGAGUGAAUACCCAGCUGCCAGUGCCCGCAGCCAACCCACCAGCAUUCCUGGCAGCCCCAAGUUCCAGUCUCCAGUUCCUGCUCCUCGCAACAAGAUCAGCACACUCCAGGACCGCCCUCCAAGCCCUUUCCGUGACCCUCCCAGCACGGAGAGGGUGUUGACAACGAGUCCCUCUCGCCAACUGGUGGGCCGAACAUUUUCAGAUGGGUCAGCCACCCGCACCCUGCAGCCUCCUGAGAGUCCCCGCCUGGGUCGGCGGGGCCUGGACAGUAUGCGAGAACUCCCUCCCUUGAGCCCGUCUCUGUCCCGACGAGCUCUCUCCCCACUGCCUGCUCGGACCACCCCAGAUCCCAAGCUCACCAGGGAGGUAGCAGACAGUCCACGGCCCCGGCGGUGGGCAGCCCAUGGAGCUUCACCGGAGGACUUCUCCCUGACUUUGGGGACACGAGGCCGCAGAACACGGAGUCCCUCACCCACCCUGGGGGAGUCCUUGGCACCUCGCAAGGGCAGCUUCAGUGGCAGGCUGAGCCCAGCCUAUAGUCUGGGUUCUCUUACUGGGGCUUCGCCACGCCAGAGUCCUCAUGCCCAGAGGAAGCUCUCCAGUGGGGACUUGCGGGUGCCUGUCACUCGGGAAAGGAAAAAUAGCAUCACAGAGAUCAGUGACAAUGAAGAUGACCUCCUGGAGUACCACCGGCGGCAGCGCCAAGAGCGGCUCCGGGAGCAGGAGAUGGAGAGGCUGGAGCGCCAGCGCUUGGAGACCAUCCUGAACCUGUGUGCUGAGUACAGCCGGGCUGAUGGGGGACCAGAGGCCGGGGAGCUGCCCAGCAUUGGGGAGGCCACUGCAGCUUUGGCACUGGCAGGUCGGAGGCCCUCACGAGGCUUUGCCGGGGCCAUUGUGGCCUCUGGACGGAGCAGUGAGGAGCCUGGGAGUGCUGCCCAACGCCUGUGGGAGAGCGUGGAGCGCUCAGAUGAAGAAAAUCUCAAGGAGGAGUGCAGUAGCACAGAGAGCACCCAGCAGGAGCAUGAAGAUGCACCUAGCACCAAGCUCCAAGGAGAGCUGCUAGCCCUAGAAGAGGAGCGGGCUCAGGUGUUGGGGCGUGUGGAGCAGCUCAAGGUCCGCGUGAAGGAGCUAGAGCAGCAGCUACAAGAAGCGGCCAGAGAGGCCGAAAUGGAGAGGGCGCUGCUGCAGGGGGAGAGGGAAGCAGAGCGGGCACUGCUGCAGAAGGAGCAAAAGGCAGUGGACCAACUACAGGAGAAGCUGGUGGCCUUGGAGACUGGCAUCCAGAAGGAGAGAGACAAGGAGAGGGCGGAGCUGGCCGCGGGACGGAGGCACCUGGAGGCCCGCCAGGCGCUCUACGCCGAGCUCCAGACGCAGCUCGAUAACUGCCCCGAGUCAGUGCGGGAACAGUUACAGGAGCAGCUGAGAAGGGAGGCAGAGGCCCUGGAGACGGAGACAAAGCUCUUUGAAGACUUGGAGUUCCAGCAGCUGGAGCGCGAGAGCCGCGUGGAGGAGGAGCGCGAGUUGGCGGGCCAGGGGCUGCUGCGGAGCAAGGCCGAGCUGCUGCGCAGUGUCGCCCAGAGGAAGGAGCGCCUGGCCGUCCUGGACAGUCAAGCUGGGCAGAUCYGGGCCCAGGCUGUGCAGGAGUCGGAGCGUCUGGCCCGGGACAAGAAUGCAUCCCUGCAGCUGCUGCAGAAGGAAAAGGAGAAACUGACUGUGCUGGAAAGAAGGUACCACUCACUCACGGGGGGCAGGCCUUUCCCGAAGACCACCUCGACCCUCAAAGAGGCUCAGCUGCUCAUCUCCGAAUCCUCAGAGAUGGGGCUGGGGACCAAGGCUCUGGGCCCAUUCUCGGGGUCUUCUCAGGCUGGGGUCUCCUCUGUCUCCUUCACCCCGUCUGCUUCCACUCUACUCUGCCCCAAAGCACAAGAGAUGGAGAAGCUGCUGCUCCCUGCUGUAGACUUAGAGCAGUGGUACCAGGAGCUGAUGGCCGGGUUGGGGACUGGUCCCACUGCAGCCUCCCCUCGCUCCUCCCCCCCGCCUCUGCCCGCCAAAGCUUCCCGUCAACUGCAGGUUUACCGUUCCAAGAUGGAUGGUGAGGCCACCAGUCCCCUGCCCCGGACUCGCAGUGGCCCCCUCCCCUCCUCUUCUGGCUCUUCCUCCUCGUCCUCACAGCUCAGCGUGGCUACUCUGGGCCGUAGCCCUUCUCCAAAGAGUGCUCUGCUCACCCAGAAUGGCACUGGCAGCCUUCCCCGCAACCUGGCAGCCACAUUGCAGGACAUUGAGACCAAGCGCCAACUGGCUCUGCAGCAGAAGGUCGAGUUGCUUCCUGCCGAGCCCCUCCCAACUGACGACCCAGCAGGGCAGCAGGUGAUCGAGGAGCAGCGGCGGCGGCUGGCUGAGCUGAAGCAGAAAGCGGCGGCGGAGGCGCAGUGCCAGUGGGAUGCCCUGCAUGGGGCAGUGCCCUUCCAGGCAGGCCCCUCGGGCUACCCCCCACUCAUGCACCACUCCAUCCUGCACCACCUGCCAGCUGGGCGGGAGCGUGGGGACGAGGGUGAGCACGCCUAUGACACGCUGAGCCUGGAGAGCUCAGACAGCAUGGAGACCAGCAUCUCCACUGGAGGCAACUCAGCCUGCUCUCCUGACAACAUGUCCAGUGCCAGUGGUCUGGACGUGGGCAAGAUUGAAGAGAUGGAGAAGAUGCUAAAAGAAGCUCAUGCAGAGAAGAGCCGGCUCAUGGAGUCCAGGGAGAGGGAGAUGGAGCUGCGCAGGCAGGCCCUGGAGGAGGAGCGGCGGAGGCGGGAACAGGUGGAACGGAGGCUGCAGAGUGAGAGCGCUCGGAGGCAGCAGCUGGUGGAGAAGGAGGUCAAGAUGCGGGAGAAACAGUUUUCUCAGGCACGGCCCCUGACCCGCUACCUGCCUAUCCGGAAGGAGGACUUUGACCUGAAGACCCACAUCGAGUCAUCAGGCCAUGGUGUGGAUACCUGCUUGCAUGUGGUGCUCAGCAGUAAGGUCUGCCGUGGCUACUUGGUCAAGAUGGGAGGAAAGAUUAAAUCCUGGAAGAAGCGCUGGUUUGUCUUUGACCGGCUCAAGCGCACCCUUUCCUACUAUGUGGACAAGCAUGAGACGAAGCUGAAGGGGGUCAUCUACUUCCAGGCCAUCGAGGAAGUGUACUAUGACCACCUGCGCAGUGCAGCCAAGAAGAGGUUUUUCCACUUCACUAUGGUGACUGAGAGCCCGAACCCAGCCCUCACCUUCUGCGUGAAGACCCAUGACCGACUGUACUACAUGGUGGCCCCKUCUGCGGAGGCCAUGCGCAUCUGGAUGGAUGUCAUCGUCACAGGGGCUGAGGGCUACACUCAGUUUAUGAACUGACUGCCGUGGCCUCCGGGACCCUCAGGCUGGCCCCAGGACCCACGCCAGCCUCUUGCUGCUCUGCUGGCCCCUGUGGGCAGCUGCACAGCGGGCGCCAGCCCUCACAGGAGCAGGAUGUAGCGGAGCGGCCAGGGCCUUUGUGCAAGAAGACUUUGUGGUACUCUGUAGGGAUUCAGUCCUGUGAGUUUCUGGGCUCAGAAGAGGAAGGUGGGAGGGGACUUGCUGCCUCCUGGGAGCCCAGAACUCGCAGUUCCUGUUCAGAAUGCUGCCCGGUGCCCGGCCCACACCGUGGAGGAACUGCCACAGAGGCUCAGUCUGACCUGCUCUCCCCAGUCUGUUUUCUCUUUGUAAAGGACUAAUUAUGGUACCAGAUUCUGCCAAAGAUCCUCUUGCCUCCGCCCUGCAGGGCCUUGGGGCCGAGCAGAGCUACCCCGCGGGGCAGCAGCGCAGGCAGCGCACUGCUCCAGCGCCCUCUGCCUCACUGUCUCCCUYGUUUCUAUGUUUUUAAUUUGCUUGAGGGACAGACACUUCAAGUGUCACCCUUGAGGUUCCAGCCCCAUUCCCUGGUUGGAGAACCACCACCAUGGUCUCCAUGGUGAUCGCUUCAUUGUCAUGGUUACAUACUAACUGCAGCAGCUCCAUGGCUGAGCCCACUGCUCAGUGAUGGGCCAUCUGAGGGUACGCGCCAUCGUCUCUCCAGCCCAGGCGCAGGGUCAUCUCAUGCAGGGGGAAAGGACUGAGCACCUCCCCACCCCCUGCCUGUGUCUAGUCCCCAGUCGUGCAGCCUGCGGCACUCCACGCCAGCCCUCUCCCUUCACUCGUGCCUUGCCUAGAGCCAGAAGGGAUGAUGCAGGGGAUCUAUGACCAGAGGGACAGCCAGCACCUGGGAGAGGAAGCCAAAGGGUGUCCUCUGGAUCCUACAGGGUUGAGUUCCGGACAGGAAGRGGGGUGGCUCAGAGCUCUCAGAGGGAAGGACUGGGCAAGAGGGAGCCACAGAGGGACUGGCCUGAGCUCCACUGCCCACCCUUCAGCYUCCGAAGGAUAAUGGAAAAGGAGAGUGGAGGACCAGCCUCCAGCUGUCUGGCCUCAGCCCUUUGCCGCCUUAACACUAAGCCCACCUCCCCUGCCCUCCUCCCCAGCCCCKAGUCCCUGUGGYCUGGGCCGGGCUGGGUGUUUUUCAGUAUUGGUAAGCAUUUACAAAUAAGCAGAACAAUAAAG